GCACUAAAGGGAGAAAAAGCGGGGAUGUUGAGGAGGAGGAGGUAAAAGAGGAGGAGGGAAGUUUUUAGAAACUCACAGUGAGAACACAAAACAGCAAGCACACACGAGGAACAGCAAAGAAGACACUUGAAAUAUUCACCAUCACCAAACAGACAUGACAUCACUACGUUGGAACCCAACUGUGCUUCUCCUUUUUCUGAGUGCCUGGCCUCGCCUUCACUCCCACCUCGUCGCUGAUGCCGCUUCUACUUCUCCUCCCAUCACGCAUCGACGUUUCACAUUUAUUACUGGUCUAGGUGCAGAUUACGAUGAGGAUUAUGAUGAAGUGGGUGACUCCGUCAGUAAACGUCCUCCAGAAGUAUUCGCCACCACAAGGAUGAAGUUCCUACAACGGGAGCUCUGCAAGUUUAACCCCUGCUUGGAAAAUCAAGUGCCCUGUGCCAAGCUGUUGGCCGAGACUGGUUGCCUCUGCCCUGGCAUCAGUGGGGUUGACCAGCCUCCUUACCCACCACGCUUACAUGCAAUGAUGCCAAUCCAUAAGGGGGCUAACAGGGGCAAGGUUGAGGUCAAAUGGUGCGCUCCAACUUCUGUGGUGACUCAAUACAGAGUGGUGGUGGAAGGAAAAGACGGAAAAGCUAUAGAGUUCGGGGAAGCUUCUCGACAAGGCUUGGUGGGCUCUUUGGAAGUUGGAACCAAGGUGUGUGUGGAGGCAGUUAACAAAGCAGGACACAGCAUGCCCACAGAGUUUUCCUGCAUGCGAUAUGACCCUUCCUCUUCAUCAGACUAUGAAGUGUUGGCAGGUAUUAUCGGAGGAGGGAUUCUUCUCUUGCUUCUCAUCUUAGGUGUGGUUGUCUGGAGGUGUUAUAAGAACAGAAGCACAAAGAGAGACUCAGCUGAUGGACUUGGAAAUCCCUCAUACAGCACAGAAGCCACUAUGGAUGUAUCAUAUGAUGAUCUGAAAGCACUCAUGGAAAAAGGACAAAACCUACUUCUUGUUGAUGUCCGUACUCAGCAGGAAGUGGACAAGGGACACAUACCUGGAUCACUUCAUAUCCCAGUGGAUGAAGUACAAGGUGCCUUUGGGUUGGAACCAGAAGCCUUCAAGGCCAAAUACGGAGUCACCAAGCCGCCGUUGAACUCUUCAGAGUUGGUCUUUCACUGUCAGAUGGGAAAACGAGGGGCAACAGCCACAACCAAAGCAAACCAACUUGGCUACUUGAAUGCACGUAAUUACGCCGGAGGAUACAAAGAGUGGUCUGAGAGGGGACGGAAGUGACUUAUUGAAGGAGAAUGUGGCCGCAGAAUAAAUUCACAUUUUUGUGCUUAUCUGUUGUAUCCUGUUUUAUUAUCAUUUACACUCCAUGUUUUCAAUAAAGAGUGGUAUUUGCCCACUUG